GUACUACUCAAAUUCACUAAAAAAAGGAAGAGCCGGGAAAAACAAUCAUUAUUCUACUAAGUCAAAGGCAGGCACUAACAGAUUAAAAAGGGAUUCAGUAAGCCAUGUUCGACCCACUGGAGAACGGCGUGUUUGAUAUCCCAGACUAUGAUAACAUAGACGACGAGGCAUUCCCGCCUUUGCCUCCCCCAGUGUCUCCAGGACAGGAGGACAAUGAGGGGGAUCCAUUUGCAAAUGGUGAGGAGGAUGGAGAGGCCUCAAAGCUGCCAGAUGUUCCUAAAAGGCGGGGAGUUAAGAGGCCUCAGCCCAAGCUGGACUCUCAGAGACUCACAUCAGAAAGGGGACUCCCAGCACUUCGAAACCUGUUUGAUAAUGUUACAUUUAAAGGCAAAGGCCAUGAGGCGGAUGAUCUCAGGGUCCUAAUGCAGAGAAUGGAGAACUGGGCACACAGGCUGUACCCCAAACUCCAGUUCGAGGACUUCAUCGACAAGCUGGAAUCUCUGGGUGCCAAGAAGGAAGUGCAGACCUGUCUCAAACGAAUACGGUUGGACAUGCCCCUCACACAUGAGGACUUCAUCGGUAAUGAAGACGAGCCUCAGAACGGUGUCCCAGACGAGCCUCAAGACCGUGUUCCAGAUGACCUGUUUGGAGAAGGGAACUUCCCUGAGGACCCCUUCAUACAUUCCACGCCUGCCCCCACCCCGGUGUCCCUGUCAGAGGAGCAACGGAGACGCAUCGAACUGAACAAGCAGCUGGCCCUGGAGAGGAGACUGGCCCGAAUGCAGCAGCAGCAACAAGAUGCUUCCCAGGCAGAUGCGAGUGGUGCGGUGGAGGAGCCCUCGCCGAGCACGUCCAUGUCCACGUCCACUCCAGUGAGCCAGGAGGAUGUACAGGAACAGGACAAGGAGCCAAAGCAGCAGGACGAAGAGACGGGUAGCUCGGAGCACAGCGCUGCCGCUGACACGGCCAGACAAGACGAAGCUCCGCCACAGGACUCGCCAUUAUCCGCCGACACGUCCAAAGACAAAGCUCCACCACAGGACUCGCCAUUAUUUGAUGAUGAGCAGGACUCUCCGGCCCCAGAACUGACCAAUGGCGUUGUGGACAGUAGUGAUUGACCACACCCCCUGUACCCUUGCCUUUCACCCCCCUGUACCCUUGCCUUUCACCACAAGAACCAUGAACAGACUCUGCAGAGGCCACCAAUCAGGCAGGUCUGCUUUUCUACAAAGAAAAUUCAGUUAACCUCGUCCAUGUGCAUCAAUGCAAAAGCCAAAUAACUUACAGCUGGUGUCAACGAAUACCCAAUCAUCCCAUCCAAGCCAAGAUGAACAAGUUGUCAACAUACUCCAUAUUGAACUCCAGAGCUUUGUUUCGCCAACUGAUUUCUCAAUCACCUUGAAGAGCCUUAUAUGACGAAGCUUGAGCGCAGGCUGCGUUUGUUUCUUUCCUGCCUCCACACGCGUGAGUGGCAGUACUGUAGGCCACGUCGAGCGUUGCUGAUUUAGUCUGAUCGGCCAGGAGACAUGGAAGGCAGAUAGGAAGACCCAAAUGUGUCUCACCUGUCCCAACGCACUUCUCUUUUCAUUUUCUUUUUUUCAAUCCAGUUUGGUCUUUGUUUUUAUCCUGUUUUGUUCUUUGUAAUUAUUUCUUGUUCUUUUAAUAAAGUUUGUUCUUUGUGUAAGCA